CGACAUACACGAAUUUCUGUCUGCGUCAUGGUGUAUCGCUGAUCCGCUCAAGCUGCCCAGUUCUGCCGCGACGCAUGACAUUGAGCGCGCCGAUUAUCGUUGCUUGGCCGCGCCGAGCCCCGGACCGCUCCACGUGACUAUCAUGGAGGAUCGAUUCGAUGGGAUCCGAGACUGAGUCCGAGUCGUAUCACACGCGAUCUCAUUGAUGUUGAUUGAUUUCAUCCGUAGAUUAUCAUAGAUAUCGGUUUCAACAUGGAAAGAAAAAUAGAUUAUGUGGUCUUUGACAUGGAUGGCCUUCUCAUCGACACGGAGAGGAUAUAUACCGAAGUCACAAAUGAUAUCCUCGGUCGCUACGGCAAGACCAUGACAUGGGACAUCAAAGCUCAGCUCAUGGGCAAAUUACGAGUUGAAUCCGCGACGCACCUGCUCUCCUGUUUCCCCGGCAUCGAUAUCACAAUCGACCAGUAUCUCAUAGAAUCCCAAGAGAAGCUGGAUGAGCGGUGGCCAACCGUGCCGCUCCUCCCAGGAGUACAGAAGCUAAUCCAGCACCUAGUGAAACACAACGUGCCAAUCAUAGUUGCCACUGCCUCCUCAAGACGGAACUUUGACCGCAAGUCUGAGAAUCUCAAGGAAUUCUUUGACUACUUUCAAGGCAACAUCGUCUGCGCUGAUGAUGUAGCAGGCAAGACUACGGGGAAACCUGAUCCAUAUAUUUUCCUGCAUGCUGCAGGCGUCCUAGGGAAGGCAGUGGGUACCUCGGAGCAUUGCACUGAGGCUGAGGCCGUGGAGAGGAGCAAGGGACUCGUUUUUGAAGACGCCGUUUACGGUGUUCAAGCGGGGAAAAGAGCCGGAAUGUCAGUCGUCUGGGUACCUGACGAACGCCUUCUGAGCGUUGCGAGUGCCAGCCCAUACCUCGCAGAUGAAACGCUCACGUCCAUCGAGCAUUUUAAACCGGAGAAGUGGGGACUUCCGCCUUACGAUGCUGAAUGACAUCACCAGUUGUUAGCUUUUCGGCGCGAGCCGUUACAGUAAGGAAUAUAUCCCAAGGUGUAUGAGGGCGCUACUCUCAAUUGUGGGGUUUUGAGCCUAUUAUCGCGGUGCCAACAAUAGAGCCCAAAGGCCCACGAUUGAAAGUUGUCCUUUGUGGCUGCCUUUCCGCAUCCACCGCAAUCGCAUUUUGUUCCAAUGCGAUCUCCUGCAUCACAAUAAUGCCAUAAAUAAUGGCGGCCGCAUUUGACAUGUCUGAGG